AUGCCUGUCAUGAAGGGGUUGCUGGCCCCGCAAAACACCUUCCUGGAUACCAUCGCCACCCGUUUUGACGGCACGCACAGCAACUUCCUACUGGCCAACGCACAGGGUCCACGAGGUUUUCCUAUCGUUUACUGCUCUGACGGCUUCUGUGAGCUCACUGGCUACGGCCGCACUGAGGUCAUGCAAAAAACCUGCAGCUGCCGAUUUCUCUAUGGCCCAGAGACCAGUGAGCCUGCUCUGCAGCGGCUGCACAAAGCCCUAGAGGGUCACCAAGAGCACCGGGCUGAAAUCUGUUUCUACCGCAAGGAUGGCUCAGCCUUUUGGUGCCUCCUGGACAUGAUGCCCAUCAAGAAUGAGAUGGGGGAGGUGGUGCUGUUCCUCUUUUCCUUUAAGGACAUCACUCAGAGUACAGGCCCAGGACUGGGUCCCUCAGGAGUCCAUGGGGACAGUAAUCAUGAAAACUCCCUUGGCAGGAGAGGAGCCACAUCAAAACUUCGCUCCACCAGGAGACAGAGUCGUACUGUUUUACACCGACUGUCUGGCCACUUUAGUCGCCGGAACCAGAGAAACACGAAGACCAAUAAUAACGUGUUUGAGCCAAAACCAUCAGUGCCUGAGUACAAGGUGGCCUCCGUGGGGGGGUCCCGCUGCCUCCUCCUCCACUACAGCGUCCCCAAAGCCGUCUGGGAUGGCCUCAUCCUCCUUGCCACCUUCUACGUUGCGGUCACUGUCCCCUACAAUGUCUGCUUCUCUGGUGAUGAUGACACCCCCAUCGCUUCUCGACACACCCUUGUCAGCGACAUUGCCGUGGAGAUGCUCUUCAUUUUGGAUAUCAUCCUGAACUUCCGCACCACCUAUGUGUCCCAAUCUGGUCAAGUGGUUUCUGCCCCUCGUUCUAUUGGCCUGCACUAUCUGGCCACUUGGUUCUUCGUGGAUCUCAUUGCUGCUCUGCCCUUUGACCUGCUUUACAUCUUCAACAUCACUGUGACUUCACUGGUGCACCUGCUAAAGACCGUGCGGCUGCUGCGGCUGCUGCGGCUGCUGCAGAAGCUGGAGCGGUACUCGCAGUGCAGCGCUGUGGUGCUCACGCUGCUCAUGUCCGUCUUUGCACUCCUUGCCCACUGGAUGGCCUGCAUCUGGUAUGUCAUCGGGCGCCGGGAGAUGGAGACCAAUGACCCGCUGCUCUGGGACAUUGGCUGGCUGCAUGAGCUGGGCAAGCGCCUGGAAGUGCCCUAUGUCAACGGCUCGGCGGGCGGCCCGUCCAGGCGCAGCGCCUACAUCGCUGCGCUCUACUUCACGCUCAGCAGCCUCACCAGCGUGGGCUUCGGCAACGUGUGCGCCAACACGGAUGCGGAAAAGAUCUUUUCCAUCUGCACCAUGCUCAUAGGCGCGCUGAUGCACGCCGUGGUGUUUGGGAACGUGACGGCCAUCAUCCAGCGCAUGUACUCCCGCCGCUCGCUCUACCACAGCCGCAUGAAGGACCUCAAGGACUUCAUCCGCGUGCACCGCCUGCCCCGGCCGCUCAAACAGCGCAUGCUCGAGUACUUCCAGACCACGUGGGCCGUCAACAGCGGCAUCGAUGCCAACGAGUUACUGCGUGACUUCCCAGACGAGCUGAGAGCCGACAUUGCUAUGCACCUGAAUCGGGAGAUCCUGCAGCUGCCACUGUUUGGAGCAGCGAGCAGGGGCUGCCUGCGGGCCCUCUCCCUACACAUCAAGACCUCCUUUUGCGCUCCUGGCGAGUAUCUGUUGCGACGUGGGGAUGCACUGCAGGCGCACUACUACGUCUGCUCCGGCUCACUUGAGGUGCUCCGAGACAACAUGGUGCUGGCUAUCCUGGGGAAGGGAGACCUGAUUGGGGCAGACAUCCCUGAGCCAGGCCAGGAACCUGGGUCAGUCUCAGGUCCCAGCUGCGUGCUGAAGACCAGCGCAGACGUGAAAGCACUGACCUACUGUGGCCUUCAACAACUGAGCAGCAGAGGGCUGGCUGAGGUCCUUCGGUUGUAUCCUGAGUACGGGGCUGCUUUCCGGGCUGGCCUGCCCAGGGACCUCACCUUCAACCUGCGCCAGGGCUCUGAUGCCAAUGGCCUCAGCCGCAUCUCAAGAUCCCCUCGGCUUUCUCAGCCGCGCUCAGACAGUCUUGGCUCAUCCUCAGACAAGACUCUGCCAUCCAUCACAGAAGCCGAGAGUGGCACCGAGCCUGAGGGUAGUUCCAGGCCCCGCAGGCCCCUCCUGCUACCCAAUCUCAGCCCAGCGCGGCCCCGAGGCUCCCUGGUCAGCCUUUUAGGCCAGGAGCUUCCCCCAUUCUCGGCCCUUGUCUCUUCUCCUUCUUUGUCCCCUUCCCCUUCCCCCACCCCUGCUGCUGCCCGGGGCCAGUGCUCCUCCACUCACAGGCCCCCCAGGAGCUCUGCUGCCUGGAAGCCUCCCCAGCUUCUCAUUCCCCCACUGGGAACCGUUGGACCUCCGGAUCUCAGUCCCCGGAUAGUGGAUGGCAUCGAGGACUCGGGUAGCACAGCCGAGGCUCCUACGUUCCGAUUCAGCAGGAGACCAGAGCCUCCACAGCCUCGAUCACAGCCCCCCCUGAGAGGCACCAGACACAGCCAGGAACUGGCCACUGAGGCCGCUGAGGAAGUAAAGGAAAAGGUCUGCAGGUUGAACCAGGAGAUCUCCCGUCUCAACCAAGAAGUGUCUCAGCUGAGCCAAGAGUUACGGCAUGUGAUGGGUCUCCUGCAGUCCAGGCUGUGUUCUCCAGGCCCAGGCCACCCAACAGUCUUAGCUUGGCCCUCUGGCCCUCCUUGCCCCCAACAGGGGCCACAGUUCAUCUCUGCUUGUGUGUCCAGACCUCCACCUGGCCCCCAGGAUACUACACUUGCAGAAGUCCACUGCUCAGCCAGUGUGGGGACAGCGGAGAUGGGGGCUUCCCCUCUGGACCUGAGAUCUUCCAUGCUUUCCCCCUAUCCCUCAGAGCCUGACCCUCUUGGACCUUCCCCAGUACCAGAGGCUUCACCUCCAACCCCAAGUCUCACAAGACACAGCUUCCAAUCUAAGUCAGACAUGUUUCACUGACCCUGGCUCUGGGCCCAGGCCUAUCUGGGGUGGGCAUUGCUGCCUACCAUUCAGGGAGGAGCUGGGUCCCUUGGCCUCCUGCCUUGAGGUCAGCAGCCACCAGCUGGUCUGGUUGGUUCUGUAUUCUCUGGACAUUUUAAUGAAGAGUGGCCACCUCUGACCCUGUUCCAUUUUCCAAACUUCUCAUCCUCCUCCUCUGUGAAGGGAGCCACCUGAAGCCAUGGAAUUCAGCAGGCGUGAGAUGGAUCGCAGUGCCCAUUGGGCUGGGCAGAUGAGAUGUCCUUCUUUCUCCCCAGGACUUGGAGACAGAAUGUUACUCAAGGUGGUCUCUUCUGCUGCCAGCGACUCAAAAAACUCCCAGUAUCACUCCUCGUCUUUCUCCUGCCCCCAGACCUCAGCCAAGCCUGUCUUC